CGUAAUAACGGCGUCGUCCCGCUCAGGUGUCAGUCGGUCGUCAGACGACGUUAGAAUUUAUUCGUUUUUAAAGUUAAAUUUGCUUAUUACGUAACUCGUGUUUUAAUUUCGGUUACUUAUUGUAACUUUUAAUUAUUUUUUUCUCUUUGAAAUAUAAAUUAACUUUAUUUGUUUAUUAUUAUUGAUAUUUUAUUUUUUGUUAAUAACAUUUAUUCGAUUGGUUCUCGUGCACACAGUUUGAAAAUCAAGUGUUCAUUUUGUUUUUAACGAAUAAUUAUUGUGUUCAGAUAUGUUUUUUAACGACGACUAUGUGACCGUUUCAAUUGGGUAAAUUAAGUUUCUUAUUUUAAUUUAUUAUGUAAUAUCGUGCCCUCACUGGCAGCUUUAAUUUUGAUUCUGGUGGUCUAUGGUACAAUUUUUUAACAAUGGCCUAUAUUGUUUGGAGAGUUGUCAGAAAGAAAUAUCAGAAAGUCAGAAAUGGAAUCGCUCUGAACAUAAUGACGACCGCCCAAAGUAUGUUCGAGCCGGAUUCGGACCGGUCUCGGAUCUCUCCGUCAUUGGCAAACAAUUUCUGUCGACAAUUUUCAUUCAAGAAAUCCAAAAAAAAAUCAACGAAAAGCAGCAAUAUAACUCGAGUGGCUUGUUCUGCCCGAGUGUCGCCCACUCAAUGGUUAGUGGCUGAUCAAUUCGUAAGCGAUCAAAUUCCACAUGAGUGCUUAUCCAUUGCACCUGAACCUGGUUAUGUUGAUCCUACUCUAGUGUUACCAGAGAUACCUGUAGAAACUUUGGAUCCAGCGGCUAUCAGAAAUCCAAUUACCACUCAUGUGGUAAUACAAGGGCAUCUUCGAACAAAAUUUACUGUUCAAGAACUUGUUGAUGAGUUGAUUGGUCCAUAUUACAUUAACUAUUCCGAAACACGUGCAGUUCUCGUGAGGCAAGCAAAACAGUUAUUAAAAACCGUCUAUCAUUCUGAUGUUGGGGAUUUUCAUAAAUGUUUUUGUCUCCCUGCCAGUAAGAUUUUAAGGACUAUUGUAAAGACGUUCAGCAAAGUCCAGUGUUGCGAUGCGUGUUCAGGAUGGCCUCUUAGCCACGGUCGGCGUGGAGUACUGACUCACUUGGCGGCACCGUCUUUCAGCGCAUCUGCCUCUGACGCUUACCUGUUGCUAGACGUCGCCCAGUCUGGAUUGACGUUGAACUGGAUCGGCGCGGGCGUACGGCUGCGCACCCUUCUGUCCACGGAAUCGUCGGCCAUGCUCGCCGGUGACUUGGGCCAGUUGAGCGCCACACUCAAACACUUGGUUGCAGUGGUCGACCGUUCGGUACACCGCGUACCACUCGACCGAAUCGUGUACCCUUGCAGAGGAUGUCAAGACAAAGUCUGCAAUUUGAGUAAAACUUCAGGCAAAUCCACAUCGGAAAGCAGUGAUAUUAACGACGACAUCGUCUUUGACGCUGACAACUCUAUUCCACACAUUGACUCGGACCCAGAGGACACUUUGCAAGACAAACAUAUCGAUAACGACGUGACCGCUAUGAAUCGUAAUGGCUCAACGGCCGUCAGAGUACCAAAGUCAAUUGGCGACAUCCCAGAAGACAUUCUCACGUCGGGAAUACAAUUUCCAGGUGUUACAGAUAAACAGGGAAACGCGGUCAUACUAUGGACUGAAGGACAAUUAGGAUUGCGUUCAGAGACUUUAAUGUCGGACGUUAGUGCGGCAGAGCUCAUUUUGUAUUACGCUUCUUUAAGAAACAGCAACGAAAGAAACUCAUCGCUGACCAUUUUGGUGCAUGAAAACAGCUACGCUACAAUAGAAUUCAUUGAUCGUGUAUUGGUUUUGAUAAAGCAUCAAGCCCGAGUGGACAAAGUGAUCUUUUGCACAAAGCGACACGCUGAAGGGAAUAGACUGAAGCACAGCCAAAUUAGGUGCUAUGCUGUCAAUUCGUAUAACGACCUUUUGAAUUUCUUUGAAGACAAUCAAAUCCCGACUUGUUGUGGUGGACCAUACACUCAAAAUCAGUUGGAAUGGAUAGACUUCUAUAAGGAAUUAGAGAGGCUUUCUUAUUUGUGUCAAGUUAUCGGCAAUCGUCUGAUCACUGCUUUUGCAUACAUUGGUGAGGACCCACAAGAACGAUCAGCUAUAACAAAAUUUUUAGAUGAUAAUGACAUCAAGAAUUUACUUCAAGAUGCCAGACAAAGUAUGGAUGUACUGCAACAACAUUCUCGGUGGUUAAACGAAGAUAGAUUUGUAAUGUCUAAUUUUGAAGACAUUAAAAAAUCGCACAGUGAAAUUGACGAUGCUGCUGUUCAACUCGAAGAACUUUUAUUAAUUAAAAAGAAUAAGUUGUUACAAGCAGCUAGGGUAAGAGCCUUAGAAGCAGAAACCAACGAGGUCAUCUCGUGGCUAACCAACAAAGGGGAGCAUACUCUGGUUCAGCAUGCAGACUUGGCCAAUAGUUUACCAGCAAUCCGACAGCAGGAACAAGACUUUGAAAAAUUUUACUUUGUGUCUAUGCAAAAUUUAGACAAAGCUGGAGAUCUUUUGGAAGAAGCUGGCCAAUGCAGUGGAGGUACCAGUUUAAAAGAUUUAGCCAAAUCACUCAAACAACAUUUGAGGGGAUUUAGUGACCGCUUGGAAGAAACGCGAGAAAGACUUGAAGAUACAUCUCGUUGUUUUUAUUUACUCGAUAAGGCGUACGAUUGGGCCCUAGAAUGUAUGAAGUACAUUUCAGAAAAGCACGACACACGUAACGUCAAAGAGUUACGAAGGUACUUAAUGGCCCAUCCAUCUCCAACUGCUCAACAUUUUUCGGAGAUGAUAAUGUUGGCAAAUAAGCUUAACAACGACAAAUUAAUCAAACAGUGCAAGGUGGCAAUGGUAAGAUGCGAAGAAACCAACGACCAACUGAAGCACCUGUUAGGUCCGGAAACGUUCCCAACCAGCACCCCCCUGCCGUCCCGAAGGACGUCCGCCCCUGAACAACGAAUACCGUCAACCGGUAACACUGUUGCAGCGGACAGCCAUCAAUGCGGCUGGGAUGGAGUCGCUGAGGAGAACUGUUACUGCGAAUCAGACCGUCUUGCGCUCAGUCACAUCCCGUCCGCAAAUUGGACUUACAAUGACGAAGAAGACGAGGAGAAACUGAGCUGUUCCCAUACGACUGAAGGGAGUGAAGGAAAUAAAAGUAAUGAAGAAAUCGACGAAGCUAACUGUCCGGAUCCCGGAUGCCUGAGUAAAAAUCAGAGUUUACCCCCCCUGUCAGUGAAUAGUCAUCUUCACCAUAUGUCCAAUUUACAAUUAAAUAUGGAUUGCGGUACCCAGACUUUAAAAUUACAAAAAACUGUUAAGUUAAUUAUGAGAGAAAUGAUACAAACUGAACGCGAUUACGUCAAAUCACUAGAGUAUGUUAUAGAAAAUUAUGUUCCAAUGUUGCUCAAGGAAGAUAUCCCUCAAGCGUUGCGUGGUCAACGUAAUGUGAUAUUUGGAAAUAUCGAAAAGAUCUAUGAAUUCCACAGUCAGCAUUUUCUUAAAGAGCUGGAGAGACAUGAGAACUGUCCGCUUAAAGUCGGAGAAUCUUUCCUUAAACACGAAAAAAAGUUUUAUCUUUAUGCUUUAUACAAUAAAAACAAACCCAAUUCGGACGCGCUUAUGUCGGAGUACGGUUCUGCAUUCUUCAAAGCAAAACAAAUUGAACUUCGCGACCGAAUGGAUUUGGCCAGCUAUCUCUUAAAACCCGUACAAAGGAUGGGCAAGUAUGCCUUACUUUUACAACAACUUAUGAAGAUGGCGAAAGGCGAUACCGAAGACUUACGACAAGCAGAGAGUAUGGUCAGGUUCCAGCUGCGACACGGCAACGAUCUUUUGGCUAUGGAUUCACUCCGAGAAUGUGACGUAAAUCUAAAAGAGCAAGGUCGACUUUUGCGUCAAAACGAGUUUCUUGUAUGGCAAGGCAAAGGUAAAAAAUGUCUAAGACAAGUGUUCUUGUUUGAAGAGCUCAUACUGUUCAGCAAAGCAAGAAGAUUCCCCGACCGAACGAAUCUGGACUUGUACGUUUAUAAGAACAGUAUUAAAACGAGCGAUAUUGGGUUUACCGCAAAAGUCGGUGACAGUAACACCAAAUUUGAAAUUUGGUUCAGAAAACGUAAACCAGGUGAUACAUAUACUUUAGUAUCUAUGUCUGAAGAUAUAAAACAAGCGUGGACUGACGAAUUAUCCAAUUUAUUAUGGAAACAAGCCCUAAGAAAUAGAGAAGCAAGGCUGGCGGAGAUGUCAUCAAUGGGUAUUGGCAACAAACCAUGUUUGGACAUUCGGCCUAGUGCAGACCAGAUCAAUGACCGAUCCAUUACUUUUGCGCAGCUCAGUAAAACUGCCCCAAGAUUUCGUAAUUCGAUUGUAGCCUUACCCACUGACUUGGAGCCAAACACAAAAAGACCACACUCUAUUAUUUCAAUGAGUAGUAGUAGUUCGAGUAGCAACAGUAGUGGUGAUAGCAGUAGUGCAAGUUGUCGAAGUAGUGAAGGUGCCAGGCAAACUAGCCAAUGUUCAAGUCAAUCAACUGAGAGUGGUAUAGUUGCUGAUUGGUAUAGUCGCAAUAGCCAUUCAGGUAGCAUUGCUUCAGACACUUUACCUCCCAACAAAGGACAAGUUACAACUACCGCUUCAGAUACAGCAGCUCCAAGGCUGUCAGUGAAACUGUAAAUAACAGUCCGGCUUUCAUAAUUGACCGCAAACAGGUUUAUUUUAUAAUUAUUCCCAAAGGAAAUCAAUAGUUACCGGAUUCAUCCACAAAUUUUAUUUUCUUAUAGAUAUUCUAUGGGAAAUUUCAUUGUUAUUAUUAUAUAUACUUUUUUUUAACAAAACACAUUUGAAAUCUAUAGUUAUUAGUCUAAUUUAUGAUACUUAGGUACCUUUUUUUUAAGAUUUAAUCUAAGAUAUUUAUUGUUAUUAAUAUUAGUGGUACAAGAUUAAACUAUGUAGUUUUGAGAGUACAAUUCAUUCCAAAACUAAUAAUUAUUGUAUUAAAGAAAUUUUAGACUAUGCCUAAUAAUUCUAUAAAAGAUCUCUUUCGACAUUUCUUACUUAAUCUAUCCUAAAAUGAACGUUGUGUAUUUUCACCUAACAUUUUUAAUAAUAUAUAAAUUUUAAAUUAUUGAAAUUUUCAAUUAUAGUUUCUUUUCAUAUAAAACUUUUUUAAUCACAGAAAACAUUUUAAGACGCAUAUUUAAUUUUUGUAUAUACUUAUACUAGAUUACAUUAAUAUUAAAUAAUGUUUGAUAGGAUUAUAAAUAAUUUAAAAUGUAUUUUAAUGGUCAUUGAUGGAAUAUUAAGCUACUUAGAUUUUAAUCAAAACAAUGUGAAUAACAUACAUUAGUAUAAUGAUUGAUAACCAAUAUAGAAACUUAUUAUUCCACCGUUGACUCUUUUUUUUUUUUUAAGACAUUUUAAAUAAUUUAAAAUCAUUUUUUUUUAAUAUUAAUGUAACCUAAAUAUAACUAGUAUACAAUUUAUAUGUAAGUAUUUAUUGAGUAAUAGUAAUAUAUAUACAUAUAAUUUAUGUAUAAUUUUUUUUUUUUAAUGUGUAAUGAAAAUUAAGUGAAAACAACAUUUAUAUAUUAAUUUAUGUUAAAUAGUACAAACUAACAUGAUAUCAUAGUAAAAUUUAUUCACAUAUAAUUCCUAUCUGUUAAUUAUAAAUUGUAAGUAUAUGCUUAUCAGCUUAUAAAAGUUAAUCACCAAAGUACAGUUGAAAAAAAUUGUAAAAAAAAUAUCUUCGAGUGUAUUAAUGCAUUUAUCUUAUAAAUAUAAUGCAUAUUUUUUUUUUUUUUUUGUAAUGUAAUUUAAAUAUUUUAAAGUAUUAGAAUAAUCUAUCGAUUUUAUUCAAUUGUUCAAAUAACAUUAGUUAGGCUUAUUAAAGAACUGAUUUUACAGGGUGUCAUGGUUUUAUAUGCCGACUUUUUUACUCUCUGUUCAAUAUUAAUAGAAAUUUGAAGUAAUAUUUUGUGAUGUUAAAAGUGCCUUAAAAAAUUAAUUAUUUUAAGACUUAAAUACAUCAAUGUCUGAAUUUAAUAAUAGUUUUACUUAUUAUGGUUUAUAUUUCUUUUUGUAAGUAUAAUAUAUUUAGAAAUGACAUUAUUUUGUCAAGAAUAAAAUAGUAUAAAUCUAUUUGUACCAAAAUAUAACACUUAAGCUUUGUA